UGUUUUUCUACCCUCUGUUCGAUCUAUCUAUCUGCCCUGCUUCGUUUCUGCCCUAGCCCACGGGGUACUGAAGUUGCCCAUUCAGGCCCACACCUGCCAUGGUCAUCGAAUUCAACUUGCUCUACAUACGUGCGUUCCUUCUCCAAUUUGCCUACCCACAUCUAUGGCAUCAUCUUGACUCUCAGAUCACGAACCAACCUGCUGUUUUGUUGUCCACAUCGUUUCACCUGUAAUUUUUCUCUCGUACAGUCUCUACGUUCAGGAGACGGGGCCGCACAUAUAUCCCGUCCCCUUUCACUUUCACCCGCAGCAAACGGAACACUUCGUGUAGAAAUCGCGCUCACCUAUAUCCACUCCACUGGAAAAUUACGCGUCUCUAUGCCCCGUCCACCCCCAGAUAACACCAACGUCGCAACCGCUCCUCCGCCGGUUGACGACGUCCUCACGCACACUCCAACGAGACCGAGAUCAAAAUCAAUACCUUCAAGACGAGAUACUGCGCAUCGAAUUCACUCACUCAACAAAGCGACAACCCCCUCAACAACCAUGGCGCCCGUUUCUUACCCAUCUUCAACUCGCCCAGCCACCCCAGCGCCCUAUCCGCUUACUCGCUCCGCACUCAAAGCUUCGUCCUUCCAACCCCUCUCCCCAGCAGCCAUCGGCCUCAUAUGCGGUGUCGGUAUCUUUGGCAUUCUCAUCUACAUCAUCUGCGCCAUUCUAUAUUUCCGCAGCAAACCAAUCAGCCUGUGGGGACUGAUGCACAAGGGCACGCACACUGACGAAGAGAACGGUGCGGAUGGUAGGAAUGGCGUAAUAUCGAUGUGGGAGCGAGAUGUACCGCUGUAUGAUCGAAGCGGUAUCACGACGACGGCCAAUUCGGCGUUUGGUGAUACGUAUUCUUCUGGGGGUAUCGCGGUGAAUGCGGGGCUUGAGAGGGAGAUAUUGGAAAUUCUUAAGGCGCAGGCGGAAGUUAGGGCUAUGUCGAGGGUGGUGGGGAGGUAUUGA